AUGACUCAAUUCAUUCGCGUAACUACUGCUCCCAUGCCACAACCUCUUCCAUCACCCAUAUCAGCAUCAUCGUCCUCGGAAGAUCGUUUAAAGGUCCCUCAAGAUCGAUUUAAUCCUAGCAAAUAUGGCUCUAUAUCCACUGGACAUCACGCUUCCGACACAGCAAGUAUAGCCAGCAGCGUCAAUAGUGAUGCAUCAUUCAAGACCGCCGACUACUUUUUCAGCAUGCCUGCUACACCACCACACACCACCGUUAGUCCUAAUGAUAAUGAUGAAGGCCUAUACCUCCUUUGGACACAUCAAUUGCUUCGGGAACGAGGAUACGAACCAGGACGUUUGAAUGAUGAUGAUGACGAUGAUGAUGAUGAUCAAGAAGAAAAUGAACACAACAAACCAAAAAGCAUUCAAGUUAAACGGCCGACUGAAGAUGCAAUCAUGCAUGACAUUGAUAUGGAUGAUGAUGAGGAGGAGGAGGCACACGAUAGUGACCUCGAAAGCAAAAGCAGUAGUGAUAGCAGCCUCACUGAAAACUCAAUCAUCUCGGGUUCCCUUGUGGCCACAACACCGGAUCUACGUCUGUAUUCGACCUUCGAUGACCAAUCCAUUCGUCGCAGGUAUUCUUAUUCAUACAAGCCAUCCAUGUCCACAUCGUCAUUUUAUGCAUCUCAUCGGCAAGAGGAGGAAGAACAAGGAUCAUCAUUUAGUCGUUUUUUCAAGUCUUGCUUUUCGUCAUGCCAGUAG